CAAUAAAACUAAUUUCUGCACAUCAUGCAAAAACCCGCAAAUCCUGGGGUUUUUUUUUAUCUUCAAAUUUAUCUAUGUCCGAAAAAAAACAAAAAUAUGAAAUCCAAAUCCUUGUCCAAAAGGAGAUGCUAUAGCUAGUAUGGGUUAGGGUUUCCAAGAAACUCUCUCUUGAUCAAAAGGAAAUUAUGAAGUAGCUAGCUGUCAUAUAUAUCCGAUAGACAUUACAAAGUUAAACACAUGCACACUUAAAUUAAUUUCACAAAUUAAACAGUGUUCAACACGAAGAAGGACUAUGAAAUCAGACUAAUUACAUGAAUAAUUUCCUAGACCGGAGGAGAUUAGGAGUUGUCUCUUCUCCAAUAGUACUAUAUAUGUAGAGAGGCAGUGUCUUAAUUCCAAAUUAAUUAAUCAUAAUCAACAAACUUGAAAGCGACUUUAGGAGCCUGAGAUAUGGCUAGUACUAGUAACCCUGCUGCUAACAAAGGCAAGGCUCCAGCCUUGUAUGGUGAUGAUGUUGAUAAUGAUCGUCGUCAUCGUGAUAUGGUGACGAAGAUGAUGAUGAUGAGGGAAGAGCGUGCUUCCAUGGGGAUUCCACCGGGGUGGAGGUUUUGUCCUACUGAUGAAGAGUUGAUUGUGUUUUACUUGACAAACAGAACUUGGAAUAACAGUAGAAUCAUUCAUCUUGAUAUCUAUGACUUCACCCCAAUGCAGCUUGCAGAAUAUUUUGAAAUACCAGAAGACCCUGUGAUGUUCUUCUACACCACAAGGAAACGGAAGUACAAAAAUGGCAAACGUCCCAGCCGUACAGCUAAUAUUGGAUAUUGGAAAGCAACUGGUGCGGAUACACCGAUCACAGAAAUUGAUGGCUCAACUGGGUUUAAGAAAUCAUUGGUCUUUUAUCUAGGACAACAAAAACAAGGAAAAAAGACCGAUUGGAUGAUGCACGAAUACACACUUAAAAAAGAAGAGUUUGAGGCUUGCGUUCUAUGCAAGGUAUACGAAACCUCGAGGGGCAAGAACAGCAAGCAAAAUACAAGAAAUGAAGCGAAAAUAGUUUCUAAUGAUGUUGGAGAACAUGGGACAAAUCCAUCAACCACGAGAUCACAAGCUGAAGAAGAUCAAGCCCUCCGAUUUCUUCCUCUACCGCCGCCACCUCCGAAUAUUUACGGUGGCAGCUCUUCUUCUUCUUCUUCUUCUUCUUCUUCCAACCUUGCUGGACAAUACGACGUUCACAUGACUAAUCACAGUGAUCAUGCAUUAAACAAUGUAUCAUUCCCACAAUGUACUUGGGCUAGCAAUGGUUUGGGAGCUCAUCCAGAGGUGACAACCUUAGCUCCAAUGGCGCAUGCACAACUAGAACCUUCAAUUCCAUUGCUUUACAGCAUGAAUAUUUAUGAUCAAGAUGGUUAUCUAAUCAAUGAAAGUGCAGAAUAUUAUCAGUCCACUGCUCCAUAUGGUUUUGAAGCUCAAUCUCUGCCAAUGUACAACAAUGUGUCACAACCUAACAACAGUGGCUAUGGCAUGGCUCCAACGGACACAACGGAGGAGGAAGAGGAAGUGUACUUGCUUGACGAGCCUCUACCAGACUUCGGUUUCCCGAUCGAUGACAACGCUGAAUGUGUUCCUUUCGGCAUGCCAGUUGAAUCUGCAAAGCCACUCAACUCUGUGUCUCCCACUGACCCCGUAACGCAGAGCACAAACCCUGGCGGGAAUAGUACCACUACUCCAAUAGGUGGUCAUUAGAUUGCUUAACAUUUUUUUCUUCUCUAAUUAGUUUUUGUUGGUUUUGGAGACAUCCAUUUCAAUUUGGGUCAAAUAUUUGAUAAGCUAAGCUGUAUAUCUGAAUUCACAUUCCAAUACGCUUCAUGGUC